AUCGCGCGCGGAUCGGCGUGUUUUGAGUGUAUUUAUCACUUGUAAAAUAUAAAAAAAAGUGUGUUUCUUAUUAUCACUAAAUUCAUCACGACAUAAAGUGUGAAUAUACAGUGAAGACACAACAUUUUUUACCGUGUUCGAAAAAAAAACAAAAAAACCCUGUUGCUGCCGGUCAUUAGUGUUUAGUGUUUCUGCAGGUGGAAAAAUCGCUUGAUUUGAACCUUGACAUACGCGCCCGACCGUUGGUGUUAGAGGAGAAAAAUAAAUAACAGCCCUCAGUCACGCAACACCAUCAGCGCGGACUGGCAAGAAACACUGUCGAAAAUUAAAGUCGAUCGAACGGCAACAACAGCCGUGCACCUGUGGGCAAGGUAGUGUUGGUGGUUUGCAAAUUAUUGCACUCGGUUGGAUAAUAAUUUCUGCGAGGAAGCAGAAAACCACAACAAAAAACAAACGAGACGAACAGUGGACUGGUGGCGCUACGGAGUGAAAGUGAGAUCGUAAAGUGUGUCGGGAGGAGGAUCUGAAUCUGAAAGAAAAAUCGCCACCCUUGCAAGACAACUAUAAAGAGGAAAGAAAAAAAAAGCUAACACAGUUUGUUGUAAUGUAGGAAAACUCUUUCGCAUGAGUAUUCGGUGAACUAGUAAACGCGAGUGAUCAACAAAACAAAGCAGAAAAGACUUACGAAAGUCUUAGACAUAGGUGAAAAAUAAGGCGGCAAUCGUAUCCUUGCACCGACUGAAGAGCAACCCUAGCGCACAAAAUGAGUACCGGACGACCGGGAGGUGGUGGUGGCGGUGGCGGAGGCGGCGCCGGUGGUGGCAGUGGAUCGGGACCGAUGGGUCGGAUCGUCGACAAGAUCAAGCGCACGAUGACCAACGAGGGAGGAGUAAGUGUCCCUGUGAUUCGAUCGGAAUGGGCGGAGUGAGUGAUCGAAGAUCGAUGCAGCAGGAUCCGAAGUCCACUUGGUGUCGAUCUUUGAUCGCGCAUUUUCCGCAUAUCGCCCAUUUUCCUGCUCAACGU